AUGUUCCGCGUCGCCGCACGCAGUGUCGCGCGCCCCGCUGGCUUGUUAGUUGCCUCGCGGGCGGCCGCGCGCGCAUGGUCGACGACUGCACGGCGCCUAACGGCCGAGGAGGGCGGUGGACCGCUCUUUGCCGCUCGCUCCGGUACCACGACGACGAGCAAGGACGAGUCCAAGGCAGAGCGAAACGCCAAGGCAAAGCCACCAACGCCGAGUGUGACGACGACGACGACAAGGACGCCACCAAAGGCAACGGGGAACAAAGCCCCCCCGCCCUCGCCUCCGCCCGCGCCCGCACCGGAAGACCCUCUCGCGGUGCUCGCGUGCGUGGACGAGCUGCGGCGGCGCACUGCUGCUGAGAACUCGCGGCAGCGCAAGGUGGAGAUUAUACGCGAGUAUGAGGACCUGCGGGAGCUCAUCAGCUUCGUGUACCAGCCGCACAUUCGUCUGGGCGUCAGCCCCCGCAACCUCCAGUCGUUCCUCUCGAGCGCAGACGUUGUCCAGCAUGCAGAGGGGUACACCAGCCCACGCACUCUGAUCGACCUCUUCCGGUCGCUGCCGGGCUUGAGCGGGCAUACGCUGCGGUACGCGAUCACAGACUACCUCGUCACCAACAAGAUCUGGUGCGGGCCCGAGGCAGAGCGAGAGGCAGCGGCGGCGGCUGCUGCUGUGCGGGACGGGCGGGAGACGCCAUAUGCGACGUUUGUGCGCCUUGUGGGGCGCUCGCUUAAUGCUGGGUGGGGGGCGAAUACGCUCACAACGGUGUGGCCUGAUGUUGUAGGGGAGGGAGCACCAGCCACGGUCAAGAAGGAGGCGCCUGUCAAGGUUACGAGGCAGCUGCGCGAAGAGGCUGUCGAGGAGGAGGAGGACAACCAGCACGUCGAGGAAGAAGCAGCGGCACCCGCAUCCACACAUGCACCCAUCAACCUCAAGAGCUUCAAGGUCGCGCUCGGGACUACCAUCACGGCGCCUUUUGCCGAGCUCUUCAAGACACCAAGGGGCGGUGGUAUCAACACGUGGUACGCGUCGCGCAAGCUUGACGGCGUGCGGUGCAUCACAUUUGUGGACGUCCUUGUCCCGAAGAGCACGGCGCGGCCCCUGCGCAUUGUCGACAUGCAGUUUCUCUCGCGCUCGGGCAACCACUUCACGUCGCUGGACAACCUGCGCGCGCCGUUGGACAAGGUUGCGAGCCUGCCGGGCCUGCGCGCGUGGCUGGACGCAGAUCCGCUGGCGAUCGCACAGAGCGGGGUUGGCGUCGUCAAGCGGCUGGUGCUGGAUGGAGAGGCGUGCGUGCUCGUCAAGCACGGGGCAGACUUUGAGGAGGACUUUCACGCGACCGUCUCACAGGUCAAGCGCAAGGACACGCCGAUCGCGAACCCGGCAUACUUUUUGCUCGACGUGCUGCCGUGGCACGAGUUUGCGGGCGUGCAAGCUAAACCGGGGCUGGCCAGCACAUUCAUGGAGCGCAACGCGCGGCUCAACUCGCUCGUCGAGCACUGCGGGACGCCGUCUGUGCGCGCUGUCGAGCAGACGCGCGUGACGGGCCAGGAGGUUGUGGAUGACAUGGUGGAGCGCGCAGUGGAGAGUGGCUGGGAGGGGCUCGUGUUCCGCCUGGACGCGCCUUACAAGGGCAAGCGGAGCAAGGACGUGUUCAAGUUUAAAAACUGGCAAGACGCAGAAUACACUGUGCUCUCUCUCGACACGUCUGUGCAGCGCCUUCCAGUUGACGGGGUGUACGGCGAGUACGAAGCAUGCGCCAACGUGUGGAUCGAGCACAAGGGCCACCGCGUAUCCGUCGGCUCAGGGUUUACGCCCGACCAGCGGCUGCGAUACGCGCGCGACCCCUCGCUCAUUGUCGGGCGGCAGAUCACGGUCGAGUACUUUGAAGAGUCGCCAAGCGAGAAGCGCGACGGCGUCAUGUCGCUGCGCUUCCCGCGCGUCAAGGAGGUGUGGGAGGAGGGCAAGCGAGAUAUCUGA